AUGUUUGACGCUUUUCCGGCCGAGCUUGUCUACCGGGUGCUCGCCCUGCUCCCUCGCCGGGAGCUGGACCAGCUGCGGCUGGUCUGCCGUGGCUGGAAUCAACAGAUCCGCACAGUCAUCCGCGACCGCAACCGAUACUUCAACCGAACCAUCGGCACCGCCACGGCCAAGAUUCCAUCCGGCAUCGACGUCCUUGGCAAGCCUGAACAGCCGGAUAUGCGUCUCCAAGCGCUCGCAGGGCUGAUGAUGGACUCGUCGUCACCCUUUUCCGACCGGACCAAGGCUGCCAUGGACCUGCGAUUUUACGAUGUGGCAGAGUACUCGGAUUCGCUCAGCGUCUUUGAGUUCCGUCCCAUGGGCCUGCAGCCAACGCUGCCGCUUCCCCACGGCUUCGGGCCGAGCCACACCAUUGCCAUCGAGUGGGUCCCAUCCAAGCCCGAGUCCCCGGAUGUACCGAAAACUGGUUCGAGCACGUCCCUCGGCUCGGUCACUCCAGCUGCUGCCUCAGAUCCGCCAGUCCCAACACAAGCUCCGUCCUGUCGAUGGCUGAUCCACGGCCGAGACCGCAAGAGCGACGGAAUCUUUGUGCACACCGAGAACAGCCAGGCGAUCCUUUGGUACCGCAUCCAAACUCAUGCCGAUGGUCAGCGGUCUUUCCGACUCCUCAAGACCCAUUUGGGCUUGCUUGGAAACCCCAGCCGGGUGGAGGCACUUGCUCGCGAGCUCCAAGCCCGCCAUGUGCCCUUGAACCUUGUCGAUUGGAGCCACCCAUCCAUCCGAACGUCGCUGCUGGUCGACCGGCUUGCGACCCCUGUUUUGGACCAGAGCACUGGCGCACUGUCUGCCGGAGCCCGCACUGCCGCAGACAGGGUACCGCAUCUGACACUGUAUCUCAAGCAGCUGAUGGACAGCUCGAUUCGAGAGCUCAUGCACUGGAAACACCAGCACGGCCGAGACCUGAACCUCAUCGGACUGUCGCUGCGGAUGAAGAUGAUCGAGCCCUCGAAGCGACAGGAGAUUGAGGAGCGGGGCCUGCAGCUGGUUGACCGGUUUCUGAAUCUGCCCACGGCCCCGCUGCUGCUCCUGGCCAUUUCAUUUGCCGACACUGGCUCGGGCAAGACGGCCUCGAGGACCGACAGAAGCCAUCAAGGAGAUCUGGUUCAGUCCAUGGGCAACGGCUCCGGCAACAACAAUGCUUCUGCGAACGAUGACACUGGUGCCGAUUCCAACGACGACGAUGCCGCCACACUUGUGGACAGCAGCGAGGACCUAUCGCUGGAUCACUCCCAAGGCCUGCACACCCGCGAGGACAAGAUGACGAUCCUGAGCGAGCUCAUUCGCAGCCAUGUCCUGGGAAACUUUUGGGAGCUGAGCGAGCGACUCUGCUUGAGAGUGGGGCUGGACGAGGGCUCACUCUUCAAGAUGGGCGAGGGCGUGGUGGUCCGGCCGUUGUCGACGCUCGAGACGCCGUAUUACUUUUGUCCCAAGAUCCCCGGGUUGGAUCCCUUCUUGCAAUACAUUCACCAUGUGUUCGAUGGAGACAUGCUGGACAAACAGCUGUACUUCAGCCUGACCCGGCGACGGCGAUUCAAGCGACUCGAUCUCCACAGCAAGCGACAGCGCACCGUCCACGAGAUGUGCAAGCAAGUCAUCGACCAGGCACCAAGGGAGACCGAAGUGGUGAUUGCCUUUGGGAAUGCCUUGUGGAAACAAGGGAAGGGAUACGCAUCCAGUCCCAGGAGGCUCAGGUUUGCCAAGUACUUUGAGCAGUUCAUACACCACCAGAGACGACCACCAGACCGAUCCGUCUCCAAGAUCCAUGUGUGCUCGGUGAACGAGUUCAACACAUCCCAGGUGUGCUCACACUGCCGGGAUGCCAAGCGACUCGAGAAGGCCGAGCAUCUUGAUAUCGAGAAACCAUGAAGCUGUGCAGAGGGUCGAAUGCAUCCACCACACUCCCACAUCGAGAUAUCAAUGCCUCAAGGAACAUGAUCUCGGUAUGCCAGUCGAUCAUCGCCACAGGAGAUCGACCGAGUGUAUUCAAGACUGUGCUCCCGAAACCAACCAAAACCACUCGAUUGCCAACGAAGACAGGAGUGCAAUGCCAUGGCCUGCCCGCUGGGCCUACAGUCAGUCAGCGGGUUUCAGACAUCUGAAGCCAGAAAG